CUGUGCUUUGCCUCUCAGUCUCCAGCAGCGGUACGGCCGAUGGGAACACAUCGGCCUUCUCUCCAUAAAACUGUCUCUGCAGCCUUACCUUCCGACACACCUUUUGUUGUCUGGUCAAGCUGGAGCCGGAGCUAACGGAAGCUAACGGAAGCUAAUAGGAGCUAGCGAGCAGCAUCACCCGCAUCGACUCACUACCCGACACCGGUGAAGUGUAGUUUGGGCUAAAGAGUUCCUCUAAAGCCGAAAAGAGGAGAAGUGACGACCGACACCCUGACAGGAUGAGUGGUGAUGAGUUGAACCCAGCUGCAGUGGCUCAGCCAGUGGAGGAUGUGCAGGGAGAUGGACGAUGGAUAUCACAGCACACGCGAUUUGUACAGGAGUGUAAAGACGCUGAGCCAGAUGUGCUCUUCGUGGGUGAUUCUAUGGUACAGCUAAUGCAGCAAUAUGAGAUCUGGAGGGAGUUAUUCUCUCCUCUUCAUGCACUGAACUUUGGUAUCGGAGGGGACACCACCUGUAAUGUCCUUUGGAGGCUGCAGAAUGGAGAGCUGGAGAACAUCCGUCCCAAGGUGGUGGUGUUGUGGGUAGGAACCAACAAUCAUGAACAUACCGCAGAACAAGUUGCUGGAGGAAUUCUUGCCAUUGCACAACUGCUCACCUCACGACUGCCCAGGGCGAAGAUAGUUGUAUUGGGCCUUUUGCCUCGAGGUGAGCGUCCCAACUCUCUGAGGGAGAAGAACACAGCUGUUAAUGGGCUCCUGCGUUCGUGGCUGCCACGACUGGGCCAGGCUCAGUUCCUUGACGUGAGCGGGGAGUUCGUCCACUCUGACGGAACUAUCAGCCCACAGCACAUGUUUGACUUCCUCCACCUGACGGCGACAGGUUACCGCACUGUGGCGAAGCCCCUCAGUGACCUGCUGCUUCAGAUACUGGAGGAGACGCCAGAGGAAAGACGAGCGUCGCUGGUUUGAGAAGCAGCACAUUUAUCCAGAGCCAUGUCUCACCCACUGCUGUGGGAGACGGGGGAGACAUGCCCCUGGUACAUGGAGGAGGAGGAAGGGCUCACUCAUAGGAGGAGGGGGAUGCACCUUGAUAUGAGUGGGCCUGUGCGAGGUGUGGGAUCACAUUCAUGAGUGUAGGGGCGGGUGUGGAGAGCUGCUGAAGAGGGAGAGAGACCUCACUACAGGUAGACACUGUGACUACAGUAGUUAGCUCUAUUGCAAACAGAUUUACACACAUCAGACUAUUCUGAAGGAUAGACCAACUGCAGUGGCAUACACACACACAUACACACAAAUUCAUUUUGGCCUGUGAAUAAAGUGUUUCCAUUUGUCACCUAUGCCAUGAGAUACAACUUAAUUCAGUAUGAUAUGAAGAGUAUGAAAACUUUUAUUUAAUGUUUUCAGAACCCCACUUCUUUAGCCUUGAAUACGUCCUGUGCAGGAAGGUCAGGCAUCCAACAGUGUCUGUUUACAUGCACUAAAUGUUCAGUUUUUGUCCUUAUUCUGAAAAAGAUAAUAUUCUUACCAAGUUCAUGAAAAUUCCACUAAUCCUGUUUGCCUACAGUUGUGUAUACUCCAAAUAACCUUGGAUUUUUGUUUUGCUAGUUUUCCACUGGUUGUCGAGUUACCCAUCUGUGCAAACAUAGCCUCCCACUUUCAUUCCUUCAACUACUUUUUGGCAAAGGGUGAUAUUUGGAUAUUUGUACAUAUCUAAAAACCUGUUGAUAUCCAUGUCACUCAUAAUGGUUAACAGUAGAUGUGUUCUCCUUCUCAACAAAAAUGUGGGCUUUUCUUGUGGCCUUGGAUGUCUAUCCAGAGCCUUUCAGACUGUAAUCUAGUGGGUUUGUGUACAACACACAGAGUUGAACUGUGUGUCACAAACUGUAGUAAUGAUCCCAGUUUAGAUGCAUAUUCCUAAAGUACUGUAACCAUGACCAAAGAAUAUAUCCCACAUGUCUUAACCAAAAGGCGCUUCAUUAACAAACAAACAAUAGGCUGUUUACAUGUAUCAAAUUCAGAAUGUGGUGUGUGGAAUAUUCCUGUGCAUCUGUUCGUAGUGAUUGUAGGAGUCUGACCGAUUUGCUAAUGAGUGGCUCCUGCUAACAUACACACAUACACACUGUGUAUUGCAGUUGGCCGUAUGCAAAAAUAACACUGUCAGUUGGACAGUUUUAAUUUAAGCUUACAAUCCAUCAAAACAGAUGAUGUAAAAACAAUUAUGAUAAAGUCUGCCUCAGCCCUUAUGUGUGAUAUUUUAUACACAAAGCCAAACAUGGGGCACCCGAUCUAAUAAAUGUUCACUUUUUAAUACAGUGUAAUCUCAUGGACAUGUGUCAUUAUUUAGUCUUUGAAGCUGUUAAUUGUUUUUUUUGUUUGUUUUUUUUUAAAUCCCUCCAUAUUUACUGAUGAAGUACUGAUCCACAGUGCACACACAAACACAGUAAAUUAUUACUCCUCUGCAGUGUCUUUACACACAGUUACUGAACUAAACUCAGACCUGAUGUUGCUGUUGAUCGUCGCAUGCUGAAGCCUCAGCUUGGUGGUGAAAAUCAGUCAACGCUUCUGUCAAUACAUGAAUAUAAAUCAAAAUCAUGUGCUUAGUCAUUUAUCAGUGAUGUUACGCAUUUUAAUCGCUGUCAGAUAAGCUGCACAAGUCUUCCAAACACUGCCGACCCAACUGCUGAGUGCAAAAGCUUCUGCCAAAAACAGAUUUUUGUUUUUUAACCAUUCCAAGCUAAUUUUCAUAUUAUGAUACUGAAUUAGACAUAGAUAUAUUGGCCAUGACGUUCCAAUGUCUUAAAGACUGUAUGCAUUUUUAUUAUUUAUACAACAUUACAGCUUUCACUAUGCAUUUGCUCAUCACCUUGUGUUUCUCAUGCUGACACAUUAAAGUGAAACUUGCGCUCUUUCUGCUAAAGGCAGUAGAACAGACGUCUGUAUCUCACACUAAUAUAUAUAUACAAACGUUUAACACACUGACCAGCACAGGCUCUCUCUCCCUCUCUCUCCUUAUUACAUAAUUACAGUAUUUCCUCCCAAAAGCACCUCUUUACCUUUGUUUUCUCACUCCCUGUGUAUUUUUAGUCGACUCUCACCCAGCCAUGCCGCCUGACUUCUCUAACUGGUAUAGCAGCUGAAUAUUUCUAGAAAUAAUUAGUAGCGUUAAUGUGAAGCUACUGACCACAGCUAUAACAGUUGUUGUCUGCACCACGCUACACGCUAAAGCGCUAUCACAGGUCAUGUUAAAGAACGCCAUUUUUAUGUGAGCUUAUACUGUGGCUGUUUAUUUCAUGGCUCAGUUUUGUUUAAAAUGUGGCUGAGAGUCUGUUGUCGAACAUCAAAUUACCUGAAGUUACUGCUGUCUUAAGCUCUGCACAUUUGUGUGCUGUGUUAAAUAGUGUAAAUGUGUGUGUGCCUUAAGUGUUCAUGGGGACGGUUGUGUACAGGAUGUCUGCUACUGGAUCGUGUCAGUUGGACGUAUGAGUGUCUAGACGGGACCCCGGUUGUAUAUACCACAUGAUGUUUGAAAGGGGGUCCAGACUGUGGGAGUCUGUGUUUGGUGCGAUACAGUAUUUGCACUGUGGCUCGUCAUGUUAUUGAAGUAAAGCAUUCCAAUAAAUAAAAAACAAACAAAAAAAAAAAAAAAACUAAAGGA